AUGGUUAGUAAUGUUGUUGAAACAUUAACGUGGAAUCAUACUGACUCCGGAAUCGAAAAUCUGAGGACUUUACUGUGUUGGCUCCUAUAUGCCCGCCGACCACUUCGUAUUAAGGAACUCCGGGAAACAGUCGCUUUCGAAUGGCUAGAGAUGCCAUGUUUUUACCCCAAGAAGCGGUUUAACAAGAAGCCAAGCUUCGUUGACCAGUGCGACUUCUUGAUUGCGAUUGAUGGAGAUUCGCAUGUAAACGACAUAUUUGCCAUUGACGUUGACGACGAUACUACAUCCUCUUGUGAAUUUA